AUGGCAACAGCUUCUAGUGUUGAUCAUCCCAAGAUGGCGGACGAGGAGAACGCCACGGCGCUUCCAGUUGCUUCUGAAGCCAAGAAACGUCGGGCACCUAAAGCUCCAGAGCUUCCCAUUGUGGAGAGGAGAAACUGGCUCAUCCACCAGCACUAUAUACGUAAAGACUAUGAUACCUGUAAGGCGAUCAUCAAAGAACAACUGCAAGAGACUAACGGGAUGUGUGAAUAUGCCAUCUAUGUUCAAGCACUAAUCAUGCGUCUUGAGGGCAAGAUCCAACCGUCCCUGGAGCUGUUUCAGAGCUGCGCCAUCCUUAAUCCCAGCAGCACUGACAAUCUCAAGCAAGUGGCCAGAUCACUAUUUCUCCUGGGAAAGCACAAAGCAGCUAUUGAAUUCUAUCAUGAAGCUGCAAGGCUCAACGAGAAAGACUGGGAGAUUAAUCAUAAUCUGGGGUUGUGCUAUUUCUUCAUCAAAGACUUCAAAAAUGCUGAAGAGCAUCUAAACAUAGCUCUCCAGAUAAACAAGCACGACAAGACUUUCAUGAUGCUCGGGAAGGUUCAUCUGCUGGCUGGACAAACUGACAAGGCCAUCGAAGUGUACAAGAGGGGAGUGGAAUUCUCUUCAGAGAAUACUGAACUCCUGACUACUCUUGGCCUGCUGUUCUUACAGCUUGGGAAAUACCAAAAAGCAUUUGAGUACCUUGGAAAUGCCCUCACUUUUGACCCCUGCAAUUAUAAGGCCAUCCUGGCUGCAGGCAGCAUGAUGCAGACCCAUGGUGACUUUGAUGUGGCCAUGAACAAGUACCGAGUGGCAGCAUGUGCUGUGCCUGAGAGCCCCCCUCUCUGGAACAACAUCGGCAUGUGCUUCUUUGGAAAAAAGAAAUAUGUAGCCGCCAUCAGCUGCCUGAAGAGGGCCCACUACAUGUCUCCUUUUGACUGGAAAGUGUUGUACAACCUGGGUCUGGUACACCUGACCAUGCAGCAGUAUGCCUCUGCCUUCCACUUCCUCAGCGCAGCCAUCAACCUGAACCCACGGAUGGGGGAACUCUACAUGUUGCUGGCAGUGGCUCUGACUAACUUGGAGGACGUGGAUAAUGCCACCAGAGCGUAUGAACAAGCUGUGACAAUUGACAACUCCAACCCUCUGGUCAACCUGAACUUUGCCAUCUUCCUCUAUAAUCAUGGCGAUAAGAAGGCUACUCUGGAUCAGUAUCAGGAGAUGGAGAAGAAAGUCAACCUCCUUCGAGACAGCAGUAGCAACUUUGAAUUUGACCCUGAGCUAAUGGACAUGGCUCAGAAGAUGGGAGCUGCCCUGCAGGUGACAGAGGGUCUGGUGUGGACUAAACCCGACAAGGACUCCAAAUCAAAACCAAACUCUGCAGCAGCCACUAAAGCCUCUGGUGCUGCCCUUGGUACUAACCAAGCUCUGGGCCAAGCCAUGUCUUCAGCUGCGAGCUACAACAAGAACAUCCAGCUACCAACAGGAGUUUCCAAAGGCCCCUCUAUGCCCCUUGAGCCAGAGCCUGAUGUGGAGAAAUCCCCCAGCCCGCCCGCCGAUCCUCCAGGCUCUCCACAACCUGCAGAGUCCGAAAGCCCCAAACUCAGAACCUCCAAGAGGAAAUCUAAGGUGGAGGAAUGAGAGUUACUUUGGUAUCUACAAUCUUACUGGAUAUCUUUCUCAUAAGGUCACUCUUAUUUUAUGGAGGCAAAUUAAGUUUCUUAAACAGCAGCCAAGCUAUUUGUGGUUUUCUAGCUCAUUGUAGUUGGACAUGAAGCCUUUAGGUUUUGGCUUCUGCUUUAGGUACAUGCUGCACUGACAUGUCAUGUCCUACACAAUCAUUUACUUUAUUUUGAAAAGGUCAACGGCAAUAUGCACUUUUGCCAUACUAUUUAUUUCCGGAUUAUUGAAUGUCACACACCUACUCACUUUUUAAACCAACAUUGAGAGAAAAUGGAGAGUUUCUUGUAGAUCUAUGUAGAUGUGGCCGGUUUGAUGCACAUGUCAAAACCAAUUCCAAUGGAUGUUGCAGUUUAAGAACUUCGCUAUUCAACAAAAUAGUAAUCUGGGCAUUUGUGCGGUUACGACUGUCAAUAUUUGAAUGAGCUUAGCAAUAAGGUUAAAUGAUGAAUGUUCCUUGCAUUGAUAUUUCCAGAGAAGGUGUCAGUCCCAAAAUGUAAAUGUGAAGGAAAUGCUGCGACAAUCAUCGGAGGACAGAGAGGAUUGUUUAUGAAUAGUGACAGGAUAUUGUGUGUAUGAUAGGGCUCUUUUUGAAAGUUGAGUGUAAAUAGUGACACAUGCUUUUAUAUGUGGAUACAUGUUAUGUUUAUAGAGAGUAAUGUAUUUAAUAUUAAAUAAAAGACUUUAA